GGAGGACAACCCCCAGCACAUCUAUUGUGGAGCUAAACCACUAUAACAUGCCCUCCCUGCCCCCGAUUUAAACCCUAACGUUGCCGUCUCCGCUCGCGCGUCUUCUCCAGAGCCCGGUGUGCUGCCCGCGUCUGUGCUCAUUCGCCACCACUCCUAAACCCUCGCCCUCAUUUCAUUCGCGAACCUAAGGAUUGUGUUUCUACGCUGAAGCAGUGGCGGCGUCGUUGGUGUGGUGGCUCUUACACUUCUUGCCGGGGAAGGGGCUCGUGGCGGGUUGCAGUGUGGUUUUGGUUUUGGUGGCGACCGUGGAACCCUAAGACUUUAGCUGAAGCGGCGGGUGAUUGGGAGUUUUCUGUGAAGAGUGGGGUGAAGCAGACAAAGAGUUGAGAGAAUGGGUGAUCAGGCGGAGACAAGUGUUGCUGCGCUUGCCCCUGUUGACGAGGUGAUGCACGAAGCCGCGACUGGAGAGGUGAAGGAUGUUUUCGCUGCCGUCGAGGGGAAUGCUAACGGCCAUGUUGCUGAUGUGAUGGAGGCCGAGGUGGUGGAACAGGCGCCCGAAGUUGCGGUACCUGUCGUGGAUCAUGAAGCUCUUACCCCAGAAGAGGAACGAUUGUGGAAUAUCCUCAAGGAGAAUGAUGCAGACUUUAAUAACUGGACCGUGCUGAUUCAAGAAUCCGAGAAAUUGGAGGUGAUUUCGAAAAUUGAAAAAGCAUACGAUGCUUUUCUGGCCCAGUUUCCUCUUUGUUACGGAUAUUGGAAGAAAUACGCCGACAACGAAGCAAAGUUGGGGUCAUCUGAGAAAGUUGUGGAUGUUUAUGAGCGAGCUGUGAAGGCAGUGACCUAUUCCGUGGAUAUGUGGAUGAACUACUGCAUCUAUGCGAUGGAGAAAUUUGAAGACCCUGAAGCUAUCCGUGGGUUGUUCGAGAGGGGAGUGUCGUUUGUGGGGACGGACUAUCUUUCGCACCUCCUUUGGGAUAAGUAUUUGGAGUUCGAGCACGCGCGCUCGGAGUGGAGUCGUGUUGCACAGAUCUACACCCGAAUCUUGCAGAUUCCUCUUCAACAGCUUGACCGAUAUCACACAAGUUUCAAGCACUUUGCCUAUAGCCAUGCGUUGACCGAAUUGAUGACGGCUGAGGAGUCUGAGACAGCUGCGAAGCUCAAGGCAGAUGAGCCAGUUAAAGAAGCUCCACCUACAGAUGGUGAAGAACCUAUCGCUGUGGCCGAUGCUGAUGGCCCAGCUGAGCCUGCGAAGCCAGUAGAGGCAAAAGUAGAUUCAGCGGCAGCUGAUGAUUUAGAGAAAUACAUCGCUGUUCGGGAAGAGUUUUACCGAGCUUCCAAAGAAUGGGAUGCGAAGACUAGGGACUUUGAAGCUGCGAUCCGCAGGCCGUACUUUCAUGUCAGACCAUUGGACGAGGCACAGCUUGGAAACUGGCACAAGUAUCUGGAUUUUGUCGAAAAGGAAGGUGGAGUUGACAAGACCAUCAAGUUGUACGAACGGUGCUUGAUAGCGUGCGCAAACUAUCCCGAGUAUUGGGUUCGUUAUGUCCAGCGCAUGGAUGAAGAAGGGAAAACAGAGAUCGCCCUUGAUGCUCUCCAUCGAGCUACUGUGACCUUUGUCAAGCGACGACCAGAAAUUCACCUCUUUGCAGCACGGUAUAGAGAGCAGCAAGGGGAUGUCAAGGGUGCGCGCGCUUCUUACGAGGUUUUAAGGAAUGAUCUUGGACUAGGUCUUCUAGAGGCUAUCAUUAAGCAUGCCAAUUUUGAGAAACGCCAGGGUAAUGACGAAGCUGCGUGUUCUAUUUUUGAAUCUGCUUCAGAGCUUGAAAAAAUUAAGGAGGAUUCCCGAGCACGAGCAGUUUUAUACAUCCAGUACGCUCGGUUUCUUGAUCAGGUGCUCAAAAGUACAGAGAAAGCCCGUGAAGUGUACAGCACAGCCUUGGGUAGUCUGCCAACGUCCAAAACGUUGUGGGAGGCAUUUAUUAACUUUGAGGCUUCUCAUCAACCUGAAAAGCCUCAAGUCGAGUAUGUUAAUUCUCUGAUCGAGAAAGCAAUUGCUCCAUCCAAACUUGAAGGGUCGUCUGCUUUGUCAGCAUCUGACCGAGAGGAAUUAUCGAGCAUUUACCUUGAGUUUGUCGACAGCUUUGGCACUAAAGAAGACAUCAAGAAGGCCGAAGCUCGGCAUAGAGAACACUUUCCCUCUCCCAAGAGUCCUGUGGAAUCUAAGAAGAGACCAUCCAUGGAUAUUUCUGCGCCUGAUCGUGCGAAAGUGCAUAAGCCUUAUGUUGGCGUAACCGCUACAGCAGGGCCUGCUGGGCCCCCUGCCUACAACAACGGGCAAGCACAGUGGAAUGCGUUCACUCCUCAACCUGCAUAUUCUCAGCAGCCCCAAGGUUGGCAGCAACCUCCUCUGCAGCAGCUGACUCCACCAGUGCAGCCACAGCAAUGGAAUCAAAGCUACGGUUCACACCAGAAGACCGGCUUUUCGGGUACCCAAUUAACACCAGCAUUAUUUGCAGAGUGCGUAUGCUGGGUACGGAGGGUAUGCUUCGUAUGGACCUCCACAACAGCAAGCACCUGCGCCACAGCAGCCCCCUUACGGUGGAUAUGGCCAAGGAUAUCCCACUCAGCAGGAGGUGAACGGUUGGAGCUCAGGUGGAUGGUGAGGGUGGUCAUAGCAUCAUUACAUGCAUGUUGGACACGGAGGUGGUUCAACCUUAUCCUCAUGCACCUACUGGGUAUACUCAAGAUACAUCAUACAGGAUGCCUACGCCCUCUACGGCUCCUCCAGCGCAACCAGCAUCGACAGGAUAUUACUACGGAAACUGCUAUUGAUCGAUGCUUACUGUUGAGACUCAGUGGGAAUGACGGAAUGCUAAUGCCUCGACAAAUUUUGCUUUCAGAUUGGCAUCACGCGCUGCCAUGUGGUGAAGCCUCGUGUUAUGGGCUCUCUGUUAGAGAGAGCUCCGUAGGUUGCACAGGAUAAUGUGGUUAGGAUAGUUAGCUUGUUGAAUGUGUAAGAUUUGUCCUGCCUUCUACUUCAUUACAUGAUCCACUCACGAGAUGUACUGCUUUGCUGAGAAGGAACUACUAAAAGCUGAAAACGGCAUAUUCUGGCAUUCAUUUUGUUAAGAGUGGUGUUUGCACUAUGUUCUACAAUCUGUAAAAUGAAGCAAUUAUCGGCAAA